AUGGGCUGUGACCAUCUCGUCGGGAGGGAUUCCUCCCGGCGAGAUGGGCUGUACAUCCUCUCGUCGGGAGGGAUUCCUCCCAACGAGAUGGGCAUCUCGUCAGGAGGGAUUCCAGUCGAUGCCUCCGACUCAUCGUCCCCUUCAUUAAUAAACAGAGCAUUAUUCACCAGAAGGCAAGGCAUGUCCGUCCACGUCAACGAAUUCAAGCCAACAAGUACCCUUCAACAAGUCUUCCAGGACCAUUUGAUCCGCGUCUACGCCCUAGGAAAUGAUAGGAAGGAUCAGACUCACCUCCUCAUGAACCGCAAGCGCAGCCCUGACUCUACCGCAAUCUCAGAUCUAUCACACAAGCGCACCAAGCUGGAACCAGGUAACUCCAAGCCACCCACUGGCUUGCAACCGGUCCUUAAUUCGCACAAUGCACUUCCUGAAGUCAUUGAUGACAUGUUUAGAGCGAGUGGAACGAGUAGGCCGCUGGGCAAAAAGAAUACAACACCUGCCUAUUCCUACCAAAGGUUACAAGAACCCGAUGAGCCACUUACUACGGAUCCAGUAUCCUACUUGGUCAUCGGACCCCGGCUACGAGGGAAAUUCUUACCAGAAAAGGCUAAACAAUUGGGCGUCAAGCCCGGUCCGAAAUUCGCAAAACUGGUCAAUGGGGAAAGUGUUCAGGUUAAUGGUGAAACUGUGGUGACUAGUGAUAUGUGUGUGGAGGGCGGAUCAGCUGGUUUGGCAUUUUUUAUCUCUAGUAUCGGCUCAAUGGAACAACUUGGUCGAACAACAUUAGUCGAUCCAGCGUGUAUCUCCAGGGUCAGCGAUGGUGCAAACCUCUGCGCGGUCUAUCAUCUCGUGCACGAAGAUGUGGUACUUGAUGAGCGAUAUAUCCAAUGA